CAGCCGCAAAACGUAGCGUCGCGAAUCGACAUCUUUCCCGCAAUCUCCAUCACCAGCACACCCACCUGCACCUUCUAUCUAGCAUCCCACUACCGCCACACCACCUACCCAUCCGCCGACAACGCUAAUCCACCCUCCCGCCGCGCUUGAUACCCUGCCAUACUCUCUUGAUCCUCCCGUUGACCAUCUAGCUCGUCUAUUUACUUGCUAUAUUCCCAGCCCACGCGACAAAGCUCCGCCCUGCCCCCCCGGUCUUCGAACAGCCCGUCGCCCGACCGCCCGCCUCCCUCCAGCUCCUCGGCACCGCUUCGACUAGAUUUUCAAUGGACCGGGACAGGGAGAACCUAUGGACUCGCCGCUCAAACACCUCCAAGCUCUCCCUCUCCAUGAACCCGUCCGAGCACAACGAAACCAAGAGCGAGCAUCCUCCCCGGACCCGCUUUAGUGGUGGGACGUCAUCCCACGGAGGAAGAUCCAAUCCGUUCAACGCCAUCCCGCCGUUAACCACGGGCAACAUAGCAUCGCCUACUUCCGGGGCAUCUACUGCCUUUGGCUUGGGCUCCGGUGCGUUUGCUUCCUUUGGUUCCGCCACCAAAACGCCCAAGACACCCGGUACCGCCUUCGACUUUGGCAAAGUUGCCGCCGGUGCUGCCGCCUCGCCUUCAACACCUGGACCUAAAGGAGAUAGGCCAUCGGGCAGAACUGUGGCAGCGACUCCCGGGAAACCCGUGUCUCAAGCGGCGGCGGAAGGGACCGCGUCAUCUGGAGAACUCAGCUGGGACGUGCCGGCGCCGCUUAAGUACACCUGGGUCAUCUGGUACCGCCCCCCGACGUCCAAGAACUCGGAUUAUGAGAAGUCGACGGUCAAGAUGCUGCGCAUGUCUACGGCGCAGGACUUUGUCCGCGUCUACCGUCACUUGAAGCGUCCAUCAAUGCUCCCUACGGUCUCCGACUAUCAUUUCUUCAAAGAGGGCAUUCGACCGGUGUGGGAGGACGAGGAGAACAAGAAGGGCGGAAAGUGGAUCAUGCGCCUCAAAAAGGGCGUUGCUGAUCGGUACUGGGAGAAUUUGCUCUUGGCACUGAUUGGCAAUGAGUUCAUGGAGGCUGGCGAAGAGGUCUGCGGCGCUGUGGUCAGCGUUAGGAGUGGUGAAGAUGUUUUUAGUGUCUGGACCAAGAACGACGGCGGUCGUAAUGUCAAGAUACGGGAGACAAUCAAGCGUGUUCUCUCGCUACCGCCAGACACGCGCAUUGAGUGGAAGAGCCACGACGACAGCAUCGCCCAGCGGACAGUCCUCGACCAACAACGCCAAGAGAAGGCCCAACAGCACCAGCACGACAGACGCCGGACGAACGCUGUGCCAGAAGAAUCCACGCCGCAGAAGGAAAAGCACUCCGCUUCAUGAUUGCAUAUUGAUUCUCAUAUCCCCCUAGGGCGGUCUGUUACAUGCAUUGUAAGGGUGUGGAGUGAUCACUGGGUUUUAGCGUCUUUGGUUUCACGGCAUUGUGCUUCUCUGGGUUCACUUCACGUAGCAAGAGGCCGCGGUGCAGCGCGCAUCUUGCAAUCUGUAUUCUAGUACCUAGCGGGCAGAUCAGCCGAGUGCUUGCGCCCUUGGAGCGUUUUAUGGCCAUGGGUCUCCCGGUCUUUGUAGCUUUACGCGCUGGUCGUAUACCCUUGUCGGAACACACGCGAACCUCCGCCACCGGCGAGACGGCGCACUUCAGCAAGGGCUCGAAUUGUAGGAUGUAAUGUUUUGAGAAAGCGG